UUCCAUAGCUCCACGGUUUGCCAGACGAGAGAGCUCAAGUGAUUCCGGAGCCACAGCUUCCUCUUCGUUUGGAGGUUCUGUUUCGGAGUUUUGCUCAGGCUUCGAGUUAGGGUUUUCGCCAUGGAAUCUCGAAAGGUUGCUGCGAAGACUGGCAAAGCGUCGACCGCGGGCUCUUCGUCGGAUUCUCUUUCGCGUCGAGAAAGAUCGCUUUUUGUUAGGAAUAUCAACUAUGAAACAACUGAGGAGGUUCUGCAAAGCCACUUCUGCGAACUAGUGGGGGAGAGGAAAAUUCUUAGUGUCUCGAUUGAUAAGCAGAUGGCAAAUGGGGAGCAAGUUUCCCUGGGUUGUGGGAGUAUAGAAUUCGACUCAGUGGAGACAGCUACCCGUGUUUGUCGGGAUUUACAUAAAACUGUCUUAGAUGGGCGUGCUCUUCUAUUGCAACAUUGCCAAGGAAAGAAUGCUGAAGCUGAUUCGACCACCACGUUGUUUGUGGGAAACGUUCGACCUUCGGUAAGGGAGGAAGAUUUAAGGGAGCGCUUCAGCCCAUUCGGAAGGGUACAGCAUUUGACAAUCCCGCCGGUGCCUUUGGGAAAUAAACGAGGAUUUGCAUUUGUGGAGUACGCUACGGAGGAUGAAGCGCAGAACGCUCUGCGAGCCAUGGCCAACACCUCUAUGCAUGGAUGGCCUCUGGUCGUAGAGAGAGCGAAGGAAAGCAAGGAGAGGAAGCACGGCCAUCUCGAAUGAGGAGAUGUGGAUGACAUGAAGAUCAAAAGAUUUCAAGUGUUUUAGAAGUUCUUGGAGUUGAACCUUAGGCAAAGGAGCUAUGCUGAAUGGUCAUUUUCUCUGUACUAAGUCUGGAUAUUUCAGGCUGAGAUUCUUUCCUUUAAUUGUGGCAGAAUUGCGGACGUCCUCAUUUCACAUAAAACUUCACGUCCUGUGUAUAAUUGACUCGUGGAGUAGUGUGGUUUACUUCCCUGAGCUGUCUAGGUUGGAGGGAUUCUCUUUGUCUUCUUUGAGAUGUCUACACAGGAUUAAGCAGGGAUUUCUUUUGAGAUUGUUUGAUGUCAUGUAAACCAAUUGAAGUUGCCUUAUAGUGCGUACUUCCUAUUCAAUUCCUGAUGCAGAAUUU